CCGGAGACGGACGCCCGUCGCGCCCAUCUGGAUACGGCGGAGCAGGCAAGCUCGGGCGAAGGGCAAGCAGGCUAAGAAAGUGGAGAAACGAGACGAGAUUACACGUUUCGCUGCCGCCUUCCAGACACAAACCCAAACCGGUUUCUUUUCCCGAAGCCGAAUUUCCCCCAUUUCGGAGGCCCAAGUUGUCGUACCGCGCGGCUGACCGAGGGGAAAGCGUGCAUGUGCGUGUCAGUGUGCGUGUGUGAGCGCGAGGGGAAGGCUGACCACGACUGUCCUUUCUCCCGCCUUUAUCACCUCCCCUUCCUCUUCCAUUUAUCCCCCUCUUUCGCUCGAUGAGGAAGGGAGAUGGAGAGGACCGAGAGCUGGAACGAAGCUCCGUAGUUUUUCUACUUUUAUACAUGUCCCUCGCCUCCUUUGCGAAGGAAGGGACAGCGCGAGAUAGGUGAAUAAAGGAGAAAUGCACAUAGGAAAUUGAAAGCGAAAAUUGAUAGAAGAAAAGCAAUUCAAACACCAAGAAGAAAAUUAAUAUUUUGAAAAUCAUCAAAAAGUGGAAGUGUGGGAAACGCAUCUUGAAAAUCUCGUGUUUGGUGACAAAUUUAGGUGUUUGUGGGCGUGUCUAGGGCGCCAUGUGCGCUGCGAUGGGCGUGGCCAAGGAGAAGGAGGGACCACCCCUUCCUCUCCCUCGCGACUUGGACAAAUAGAAAAGAAACGAAGGAAGAGAGAAAGAAAAAAUAUAGUGAAGGAAAUGAGAAGAGUAUCGUUACAAAAAAUUUAAAAUGGAAAACAAUUAAUUCCCCCAAAAGAUAAGAAUAAAAGAGAAAGAGAGAGAGAGAGAGAAGGAUAAUGAUAUAAAGAGAAAUAGAGAAAGAUCUCAGAUAUUCAUAGAACGAUACGUGAGAAAGAGAGCAUAAGGUGUGAAUAUACGCGAUAGCAUGUGAGAAAAGAUAACACAAAACAGGAAAAGAGAAAGAUAAAUAGGAAACAAAUGAAUUAAAAAGAGAUAGAGAAAAAAAUCAACGGAGGAGUAAAAGAAAACAGAAAAAAGAGAAGAAAACGUACAUGUGACAGAGCACCGGAAGACAAGAAGAGAGAGAGAGAGGAACAGAGGAUGUGGCAGAGAUAGGAGACAGAGGCAGGCAGAUAGACCCUCAGGAGAGAUAAAGCGUUCUGAUGGAGAAACGGCCUUGUUGAUCAGUGCUUCAAGGCGCUCGGCUCGUGCUUCCGCGGCGGGGGCCUCGCCUCCCCCUCCCCAGCCUCCGGGUGGGCGGCGCCCCAGCUGGCCGACCUGAGUGGCCUGCCGCGCCGCUCCUGGGACUCCGUCCGCGCCGGCGUCGACAAGCUCUCGCUGCCCGCCUGGGGACACGUCAAGGACCAGCUGCGGCCCGACUGGUCCUCCAUCCGGCGCUUCCCGACGGACAAGCUGGGCGGCUGGCCCGACCUGCCCCGCCCCGACUUCAGUUCCCUUAGGAGGCCCAGCGUCAACGGGCUCAGGUCCAGCCUGAGCGACCUGCGCGACAGCCUGCACGAGCGUGUGACCUCGCUGGGCGAUUGGCCCAACGGCGGCACGCCCACCUCCCCCCCUGGUGACCUCCGGGGCGCGAGCGAGGUCAGAGGUCGAGACAGAUCGAGAGGCCGAGGCGUCACGACCUCGCAGCUCAAACGCGCCAAGAUGAGGAGGGGCGAGUGGUACUCCUCCUGCUUCUGCUUUAAGGGAGCGGAGCCACCCCAGAUCGAGCAUGUGGUGUCAGAACAGCCACAGAUGGUGCAGAUGGCGCCGCCCCCCAACAUGGAGAACAACAUGGCCCCAGAAGAACUGCAGACCAAAGUCACGGAGCUUUUGGAUGAGCUGGACUUGACCUCAACACAGAAAAAUGGGAUUCUUAAUUUCCCACCUGAAAAACAGCUCCAGCUUCUCUAUGAUUACCACACCUUAAAAUCCUCCAACAAGAAGAUCGAGCGUCCUGAGGCAUACAUAGCCAAGCUAGAGGAGUACUCUGAGAUGACAGUACCCACAGACCAGUACCAGCACCACACUUGGCUGAAAUACACAGAGGGGCUCAAGACGGCCCUGGCCACUCAGAGCAACACUUUUGUCAAUGAGUUCAUGGAGGCCGGUGGUCUGACGGCCCUGCUGCAGUUUCUCACCAAGAUGGAGGACACCACAUUCCAGUCCACUAUCCACACCAAUGUCAUCGCCUGCGUCAAGGCGCUCAUGAACAAUUCAAAUGGUCGAAAGCACAUCCUUGCACAUCCAACAUGCAUGAAUGUUAUUUCACAAAGCUUGACAACAGAGAACUUCCGCACGAAGACGAUGGUGCUUGAGAUCCUAGGAGGUGUGUGCCUACUUCCUGGUGGUCACAAGAAAGUCCUAGAGUCAAUGCUGCAUUUCCAGAAGUUUGCUGGCGAGAGGACGCGGUUCCAGACCUUAAUUGUUGACCUGGACCGUUCUUGGGGAAACUUUGCCGAUGAAUUAUCGCUAAAAAUUGCAAUUAUGUCCUUCAUCAAUGCCAUAAUCCGAUGGGGUCCAGGAGAAGACUCUCUGGAGUUCAGAUUGCACCUCCGGUAUGAAUUUCUCAUGCUGGGAGUGCAGCCAGUCAUCGAGAAGCUGCGAGCCCUGCAGAAUGAGACCCUCGACAAACACCUGGACGCCUUCGAGUUCUACCGUGCGGAGGACGAGCGCGAGUGGGCGCGGCGCUACGAGGAGGUCCACGUGGACACCAAGAGCGCCUCGUCCAUGUUCAAGCUGCUGCAGGCGAAGCUCCAGUACUCGGCAGCCUAUCCGCACUUCCUCAGCCUGCUGCACCACCUGCUGCUCCUGCCCUCUGACCUGACGGCGCCGGAGCCCUGGAUCCUGUUCGACCGCAUCCUGCAGCAGCUAGUGACGCAGGCCGACGACGGCGCCGACCGCGAGGUGGCGCUGCUCGACAUCAACGUCAACAGCAUCGUCAAGCUAAUCGCCAACGAGCGCGAACUGACCGAGAGCCGACGGAAGAUCACGAAGCUGGAGGGCGACUUCGCGGACGUCGUGACGGACCUCAACCGCAAGGAGCAGGAGCUCUUCCAGACGGCGCAGGAGAAGGACGAGUUGGCGCAGACGCUGCAGCAGGUGCGGAGCCAGCUGGAGGGCGAGGUGCGGGCCGUGGCGGAGGCGCAGCAGGCCAAGGCGGAGCUGGAGGCGCGCGCCGCGCAGCUCAGCCGCCAGGUGCAGGAGCUGGCGGCCGGCGCGCUCUCGGACGACGCCCGGGCCGCCAUCGCCUCGGCCAAGUGUGUAAUUAUGGGAACUAAUUUCGCCGUGCCCGCCGCCGCCUCCGCCGCCGAUGCUCAACGGGGCGCCCCCUCCCCCGCCGCCGCCCAUGAUGAAUGGCGGGCCGCCCCCGCCGCCGCCCAUGCUCAAGGGCGGCCCCCCUCCGCCGCCCAUGAUGAACGGAGGGCCCCCCGCCCCCCCCCGGGUCCCGGCGGGCCCCCUCCGCCCCCGCAGGCCAGGCCAGCGCGCCCCGCCAAGCAGAUCCCCAAGUCGGCGACGCAGCUGCGGGCCUUCAACUGGGCCAAGAUGCCCGACUCGCGCGUCUCGGGAACCAUCUUCGCCGCGCUCGACGAAUCGCCGCUCUACAAGUUCAUGGACCUCGAGGACAUCGACAAGACCUUCGACGCCGCCGCCGGGAGGAAGGCCAACGGGGAGGGCGAGAAGACGCUGGAGAGGAUGAAAUCGCACCGGGCGCAGCUGAGCGUCCUGGAGAACCGCCGCCAGCAGAACUGCACCAUCCUGCUCUCCAAACUCAAGAUGACGAACGACGGACUCAUCAGGGUCCUCCUCAAGAUGGACAGCGACGGGGAGUUGGCGCCCGACAUGGUGGAGCAGCUGCUGAAGUUCACGCCCACGGCUGAGGAGAAGGUGAUGCUGGAGGAGCACGCCGACGAGAUCGAGAACCUCGCCCGCGCCGACAGGUUCCUCUACGAGAUCUCCAAGAUCGAGCACUACGAGGAGCGCCUCCGCUGCCUGCACUACCAGAAGAAGUUCAAGGAGCGGCUGGCGGAGUGCGAGCCCAAGAUAGCGUCCGUGAUCAGCGCCACCAAGGAACUGCGCAGCAGCAAGCGCCUCAAGAAGUUCAUCGAGGUCGUCCUCGCCUUCGGGAACUAUAUGAACAAGGGCGCGCGCGGGGGUGCGUACGGCUUCCGCGUGUCGUCCCUGAACAAGCUGACGGACACGAAGGCCUCGAGCAACCGCGCCAUCACGCUCCUGCACUACAUGAUCCGCGUCUGCGAGAAGCAGUGGAGGGACGUCGUGCGGCUCGACGAGGACUUCCCCAGCGUCAAGGAGGCCGCCAAGGUCAACAUCACGGAGCUGGAGCGCGAGACGAGCAGCCUGCGCUCGGGGCUGGAGUUCAUCGAGCGCGAGGUGGCGUGGCACCGCGGGCAGGGCACCACGCCCCCGGGCGACCGCUUCCGCCUCGCCAUGAACGAGUUCUCCGCCCUCGCCAAAGACAAGUUCGCCAACUUGGACGCCGCCUUCGAGACCAUGAAGAAGGAGUUCGAGGCGACGACGGCGCUGUUCGGGGAGGACGCGAAGGCGACGCAGCCGGAGGACUUCUUCGGGACGUUCGACUCCUUCAUCGACACCUUCCGGGACGUGAAGAAGGACCUGGAGAACAUGAAGAAGAAGGAGGAGGAAGAGGAGAGGAAGAGGAAGGAGGCCGAGCGGCGCGAGGUGGAGCGCGAGAAGCGAGCGCGGGAGCGCAGCACGCGGCUAGGCGGCGGCGGCGGCGGCGGCGGGCAGGCGGCACCGGGCGACAGUAGCUCUGGCGGUGAGAACGAGAACGACUUCGACGACCUGAUCUCGGCGCUGCGCUCCGGCGAUGUCUUCGGCAAGGACAUCGACAAGAUGCGGCGCAAGAAGAAGCACUCUUUCAGCGCCGGCUCGCGCGAACGGGAGCGCGAGCGGAUCAUCGGCUCGCACAAGUACGCAUAAGCUUCGGCGUCGGGGCCUCGGGGCGCCUUGGCCAGCCCCGCCCUCCAACGCCCUCGCCGCGCCCCUCAGCAGAGACCCGCCGCCUUCCCUCGUCGCACAGGAGCGGCCUCCCUGGCGCCCGCCGGUCCGCGCCCUCGGCAGGCGGCGGCGUCCCCUGACGAGGACGGGCGAGCGAGGCCGCCCGCCGUCGCGCCAACGCAUCACUGCCACGCGAAGACAAAGCCGCAGCAGGGAUCGGUCGCUGCCUGAGGACCGGAAGUAGGAGCACAUUUUGUAGACGAUUUGGCCAGUUUGCGAGCGAGGCUUUUUUUUGGCCCGCCCGGGACUGGCUGUCAUUUUUCCUAUAUGUUCUCCCUCGUAGUCCCGUUCAGACAGGUAGGUCUACAAGGCAUAAUCGCGUGCAUAAACACAGUCGACGUUCGUCCCGUGCGCACUCCGCCGGGACGUAGCCCUCGGCCAGGAGCGGGAUGGCGUCAAUUCGGGCGAAGGCGAAGCAAGUGGGUUGCAAGAUUUGGUGUCGAUCGCGGUUUACGUCGAACAGACCAAGCUUUGUCAUUCCUCUUUUGGGAAAGCUCAUUUUAGUCAGGUUUGUUGCAGAUAGAAUUAUAUUUUUAGUUUGUACAGUACACAUACAUAUAUAUAUGAUUUAAUUCUACCAUUUUCAAAUUUUCAUUUUGUCUCCAAGUCUCAUGUCUCUGCAGUACAGUUGCUCCACAUUUAUUUAGAAAAAAAAACACAUUAACUUUAUUUAGUGAUAGCUGAAUUUAGAUCUGAUAUUAUUAUAUUUCUUUUUAAGAGGUUUGCAUGUAACAGUCUGCAGGAUAUAAGGAGAUUGAAGAGAAAUUGAAAAAAAAGAGAGAAGUAUAAAAGGGGAAGAACAAAAUUAACAAGAAAAAGCUUUAAUGGGAAGAGAGAGGAGAGAUAGUGUAAAAUUAAUAUAUGUUUAUCAGUGUCUUCUUCAAAAAAUGUUGCUCUCGGAGGCAGCGAGACCUACAUCUGUGUUUGUAGCACAUCCUAACAUAUAAGGAUAAGCUUAUAUAAAUAUAUCUAUUAAAACAACUCUUCCUAUCAAGAAAUGGCUUCAGUGAUAUAUAUUUUUUUCUUUUUAACUCUGGAGGCCGGGUUGUCCGACAUAUUUCAGCAGAUUUUUUUUUAAAGCCAAUCUCCCCAACAGCAGAUACUGCGUCUAAUCCGAAGCUUUGUAUUUUUUCAUAUAAAAACAUAAACGAAUAUAUAUAUAAUUCAUUAUAGAUUAGUGUAAAUCGAGAGAGGACAAUGCAGCUUGUUCUUCCGCUCGCUUCCAGUUUCAAAAGGUCACCGAGCAAGAUAUAAAAUAGGAAAUAAAAGCCAGCGAUCGCAGAGGAAAUCGGGGCCAAGGCUCCCCCUCGGCAGCCUGGGCAGCGAGGGAAAGGCUCCAUCUUGUUCUCUCUUGAAGCCGAGAAAACUGAGGCUCCAGGAGCGCCAUCCCGAGUAUUUGUGAAUUUCUGUGAUAUUUUUUUGUAAUUUCUUCAUUUCCUCUGUGACGGUUAACCAAAUUGUGCAUUUAUACAUUCAUACAGAUGUUUCCAUCACAAACCCGUACUCGGACUAGUCAUGUGCAGUGUGUUGAUCCAUAUAUAUAUAUUGAGAAUAAUGGUCACAAAGUAAAUGAAUUCGUCGUCCUAUCGCGCCGUCAACACAUUACAUGUAAUAAAAAAUGUUCCUUGUUCACUUGGGUCGUGCACGAAAGUUGUUUGACUGCUCCUUUCAAGAUAAAAUCGAAGGAAAAUUUGAGGGUUAGAUGAGCCCUUGCACCAGUUACACAAGUAGGUUGAAUAACCUCAAUCCAUCAUGGAAGGACAGUAUUACGAGAUUUAUCAAUUGUAUAUACUUUAAUAUCUAAUUCUCAAGCAACUCUAGAAUACGCAGAUCACAUAGCCAAAGUUUAGACUUUUUAUUUUACAUAGCUUUUGUUUGGCAAAGCAGCGUUGUGUUUCUGCAUAUUAUCAGUGUCUCACAAAGCGUGGAUAAUUCAAAUAACCGUAUCCUAAUAGCAGUCUCGGAGUGCAUUCACAGCUCCUCAUACUCCACGCUCUGACGUUCCCUCAUCGGCUGUCUCUGUCUCCCCAAGGCUUGAGACCGCAUGUCAGUAGGUUAAGCUCUGAUUUGCAGCUUCUGUGUAUCACCCACACUCUGUGAUGUUCAAGCCUCCCUCUCCCUGUCGUCACUCGUACUCUUGCCCUCGAAGAGCCUCCUUACCUGUGGGCGUCUGAUUAUCAGUGAAGUUCGUGGGAAAAUGUCAUGUUCAAGGUGAAUGGAUUUUCAUCAGUCUGAAGUUAGGUUUACGAAGAUACCAGAAUUAGUCUUUGUUUCAGAUACUGAAAUGUUUUUUUUUGCUUUUGUACAAUUGUUAUUAGUAAUAGUUCAAAGUCCGGACUCAACAAGGAUUUUAUGUCAUUUCUACAGGUAGUUAGAAACCCACAUUUGCACUUGAAACAAUCAAACUUGUAAUCAAAUCUGGUCCCUAAAGUCUUAUUCUAGAAGAUACGACAGUCAUUUUGUGAUGUGGUAUCAAAUCCUGUUAAUUCUCCUGUGAUCAUCUUUUUAGAAGAAAAUGUACAUAUGAUUAGAAUUAUUCACAGCUUCUCCACUUUGGACUAAAAUUGGAUCUCAUUAGGAAAAAAAUAUACAUGGAAAAUCUCCCUCCCAAGGAAGUUCAACUCUUGUUCUAAGCAAGUUGUGAAAUACAUAGUGGUUUAUAGACAGUCAACUCUGCUGUACCAAAUUGCAGUAGCUGUCAAUGUCCCAAAUCCUUCAGAAACGAAACCAUCCCACACUCCAUAAUCAAAGCUAGGAAUAGGUUUUUGCGACAGGAGUUUAUCCGUGUCAGUUUGAUGAAUGAGAGGUCUCAUUCACAUUAAAUUAAUGUAAUGUUGAACAGGGAAAACAGGAGUUUUUUUUUUCUUAUCUACACGUACAGUAAGCAGAACUCAUGUUGAUGAAAUUACUCUUUGGGAAAAUUCUGCCAAUUUAAAUAAACACGCUUUCCUAUUCUUAUGAUGAUCACUUAUACACUGAAGAAAGAAUCUAGUACAAAGUAAGUCAAAUGUGCCGAAGGGAGGAAGGAUGAGGCUGGACAGCACUCACUCCAUGGAAUGUAGAUCCAACACAUUUCGACUUGUGAAUUCGAGUUAUCACCCUUUUUGUUACAUUAUUUCAAUAAUUAUUCACAAUUUUGCGAAUUUGUAUAUAAUAUAUAAAAAAGUAUAUGGGUGCACAGAGACUUGAGUUAUUUCUGGGUUUCACCAUAUAUUACACAGCCUAUUAUUCUGCACUUUAAAAAUAACCUGUACAGUUAAAAAUAUAUAUACAACUAAAAUCUGCACGUGAUGAAACAAACUUUUUUUUUUUUUUUUUUGGUAAUAAAAACCUGUACCAAAGAUCAGUAAAUAAUUCACAUCACACGCAUAUACUAGAGAAUGUAUAUAAAGGAUUUACACUCCUGGUCUUUUGUAGAAUAUGUUACAGGCUUGCUAAUGCUCAUAUAGGCACCAAGUGUAUUCUUCAUUGUAUUGUAACUUCAACUGUGGAGGCUUCUACCUUUGGUGACUACAGAACUCUGUGAAUGAUUUUCAUGUUUAUACUUUCUGUAUAAUUUUGUAUGUAAUUUUAUAUAUGGAAUCAUUAUUGCUAUACAGCUAAAUAAAUGUUGUAAACGAA